AGUGAGCAACCGUACCCCACGACAUAUGAAUACGCGUCGAAGAAAAAUAAAAGUAACUUUUGACAGUCAGGAGUCGGACAGGAGGCUGAACGUUUAACAUGGAGCUCGACGCAGACAUGUCGUUGCAUGUGCUAGACAGUAAGGACCAAAAGCCCACGCUCGGGUCCUGCCUGAUGACCCUCCACUGUCACCGGUGCAGCACCGUGCUGGGAGACUCUCUGGCCGUGUGCGGGGACUUCAAAAGGACGGACUCCAUCAUGAUCGUCAGAGUAACAGACUCCGUCUCACUCAGUGAUAAGACAGGGUCGAUAAUGGAUCGUGGAUUAAAAAACUGUCUUCACAGAGCCCUGGAGUGCUCCCGCUGCCAAUGCAUUAUUGGAGCCGUCGUUGACUCGACGCCAGUGCAUUUUGAGAUGCUGCGAUCCGUCUUUCUCCUGCAUAAGGAAAACAUCAACUGUUACAUCUUUGAGCAGAGUAAAAUGGUGAAGGCAUUGGACGUGGUGUUUGACCUGAAGCCCAUCAGUGAAAGCAUCACCGAGGCGAUCAAGGCGUUCCGAGCCCAGUCUGAUCACAUGUCUGUCCUUCACGACAGUCUGUGUGAGCUGGGGUCUCUGUAAGCCAGUUGUGUAAAAUGCAACCGUUGUUGUAUGUUUUCAUGUUUACUAUUCCGGUCAUGUUUUAUAAGUACAUCCCCAUUCUGAUUACGACUUGGACUAUUGUGUCCACGGUUUUGUAUAUGUUUUCAGUUCUGUACAUAUUGUAUUAUUAAAUCCACAUUCUGAUUAUGACUUGGGUGGGACUGUUUAGUCCACUAUGUACUCUACUUCAAAACACAUUUAAAUAACACAAACAAGUCUUGUUAAUGGCACCAUGCUGCUUUUUAUUGCUGGAUUUUUUUUCUUUAGAUACUGAUAACAAUACUUUUUUUGUAAAUACAAAACCAGACAAGAGGUACACACGCACACGGAGCAUGCCCAGUUUAGGAGUGCAUAGUUACUACGGAGUCCCACCUGGUUCCGCGUACCACGGGGCCCAACAAAGUGAUGUCACGCCUCUCCUGUCUACAAGAGUUUACACUUUCAAUCAGAACAGACGGACUCCUGUCAACCAGAAAAAAACUCUGGGGCACAGUGUGGCUACUGUGUUUGACCCAACAUCGAGAUACAAACUCCAACCGUAUUUUCCUAUCCAACUAACUCCACCGUAAAUGGUGUUCACCUUCUUAUGGAUGUUGCUGUUGAGUCAAACCACUAUGCGCUACAUGUCAAGUUUCAUAACAUUUGAUUAGAAAAAAAAAAACAUUUUAGGGUCAUCAAGUACUUUUUCACAUUACAAUGUUGGAUUAUUGCAUGCAAUACGAAUCAUUCAUUUUUCUGCUAAGCCAUGCAUAUAUUUUGUUUAACUCACAUAUUCAAGUUUUGUACUUCACACAUUUGGAUUAUAAAUCCCCACAUUGAGAAUUACUUUUUCGAACACCUUGUUGAUAGUGAUGAGGAUGAUUAUGAUGGCUGCUACACAGAAAGAAACGUCUCUUUAACCAGUAAUAAGUUAGGCCAGUGGUCAAAUGAAGACCUACAGUUUUUUGGGGGGGACUGAAACCCUGCUACAAGAAAUUGUACUUAUUUCCAUCAUUUUGGACUGAACAGUUUGUGCAGUUUGACAGUUGGCGGUAAGUAGAGCAAGACCAUUAGCAAAAAGCUUGGCCCUUUGCUAGUGCAUUCUUCACUUGAUGGCUAGCUGCUAGCAAGGGGUUAUAUCUUGUGACUCGGAUCGCACUGCAUGAAGUGAAAUGUAACAUGUUCUCAACACUGUCGACAUGCUAGCACUAACCAAUAGGGGUGAGAGGAUCCCUUCCAUUUUACAUUACAAUCAUUUCAACAUGUAUACCCGGGAAUUAAACUCAUGCAUUACUAUUGGUUAUUGCUCCUAAACCUCUAAUCAAAUACAAUUAUAUGGAUUAAAAUAUAAUGCAUACAAAAGUAUGAUACUAUAUACAUGGGGAAAUGGUGACUAACUUAACUGCUAGAAAUGGACCCAUGAGGAUGAGUCUUAACUCUUAAAUUACAGUGCUACUAAGUCCUAUAAAAGGCCAAGAUGAUGACAGUUGGCAUGGACGGUUCCAUUGCUGUGGCAUCAGCUGCUACUCCAGAUGUUUUUGGCCUUCAUGCGAUAACAAAUGGCAAUUCUAGUUGAAACGUGCCUGAAUGCUGUCCAGCUAAUUUAUGGGCCAUCUAUAAAAGUUCUAUGCUCAGCAAAUCUAUAGUUGUAAAACAAAUUGUUUUUUAAAUGAUGCACUCUUCACACUAGAUCUCCAGUUCUUAUCAUUUAACUUACUGAAAGCCAGCUGAAAAAUACAGUCGUUUUUAAUGCAGAUUACCAAUCAGCCCCCAACUGAAUCACUGUAAACUGGGUCUAGAGUUUGCGUCGACUAGACCUCAUGAAGCAAGCAUCACAACUGACCAUGCAUGGCUACUAUGGUUGGCACCACGGCCCCCCUAAAUAUUCUAAAUGCACAUGAGUCUAUACAUAUCUUAAUGGAAGACGUUGGUGAUUUUGUUGCUUUCAAACAACUCGUCACUUGUUUAUACAAUAUACAGUUUGGUCAACAACAUGACAGUUAAGGUAAAAUAUUGCACAAAGCCCGAUAGAGAGAUAGAAAGAUAGAGAGAUAGAGAUAGAGAGUGUGUGUAUCCAAUUAAAUAGAAUAACAAUGAAAACAAAGCUGAAAUAUCCCAGUUGGGUAUGAACGUCUCCAUGGAAACCCGACCACAGAGCAAGGCAGUAGAGGAAAAGCCUCAUAUUUGUGUACACUUUGCUUUGACAUGGAUGCAUAAAUCAGAGGGGAUGGUAUCAAGCAGUAUCUCCAAUUUCCCCAAAAUUCCCACUACAUGGAGUAAAUAAAAGUACAAAAACGGACACAAUUUCCACACGGUAAAUAAAAGGUGAUAUGGGAGAAAAAAAAACUAAAGUUGGUUAUUGUGGGCAUGCGGUAUUCUCAGGUGUGUAACAGGCGAACCCAGAACACCCGCAGAACCCAUUUUUGGUGAAGGGUGACGUGGUUUCUCAACAAGCGUGGGCACCGGUUUCAUUGCAUAAUG